UUAAGAAUCACUUUUCACAAUGUCAACCAUGACAUCGUUUGACGAUGCUUUGGAAAAUUUUAGGAGCCUUCUCUGUUGCUCAUUGUGUGGCAAUGAGUUAGAAUCCACGGUCACAGUGAAGGAAUGUGGCCAUCACUUUUGCAGAACAUGUAUCUAUAAUAACUUAGGGACAUUAUGCAAGUGCCCUACAUGUGGUAUCCCUGCACGAGUUGGUAAUUUGCUCAGGAAUCCGUCCUAUGAUAUCUUGGUGGCGUGCGCAUCCAAACUACGUGACCUGCACCCCUCUGCCAAACAACAAAAUAACUCAGAAGCUUCGGAUAGUGGAACGCCAGUUGGAUCACUCCUCUGGACCUUUGACUGUGGCCCUACAUUUUCAAAUUCCGCUCCACUUUCCUUGGCAUCCUCAGAAGUUGAGGCUCAUACCUUCCCCUCCCUGAAUACUAUACUCGCGAUCCAUGACAAGGAAAGAGCACACGCCUUACAGACAAAGAAUCAUGCUCAGAAUAAUGACCAACCUAAUACUGAUCAGCAGACAAGUGUCACUGAGGUUCUUCCUCAUAAUGAGAAGGAUAUUGUGCGUCAAUUGAUGCCACCUCCCUUGUCAACCGCACAACCACGGCCAGUACCGACCAUGUCACAGCUUCAAAGCCUGUUAGGUAUACAUAAAGGAAAAGGCGUUGAACCGGUCAGCUUGCAAGGCAAUGAAAUCCAAACAAUGUCGCUUCAUACAGCAAGCCAACCGGAAACACCGCCAGAAGAUAUGCGCGAGUUUUCAAGUCCACGAAUGCCAUCACCUACACUUAGACUAUACGAAUCAUCUUUGGAAUCACUUCAAGCCACAAAUGAUGUUUCUGUCGAUCAAUUUAAACAAGGAGAUUCGUCUCAAAAUCUAGUUCGUCCCAACAGGAAGCGUCGAAUGAUGUCUGACGAUACAAGAGUAGAGCAGCGAUUAUUCAAGGAUACUAUAGCUGGGGACAGGAAGUCUCCUCCAAAGACCACGAACCAUGACAAUGUAUUCGUAGUUGAAUCAUCGCAACCAACUCUCGAUUUGAUGACCCCUAGUUUGGUGAUUCAUGAUAGCCUUUCGAGAGGCAGUAAACAUCGUUCUUCUUCGCCUAUGCACAGCUCUGUUAUGGCCCAACACAAUAUAUCCUCCAAGGCCAAAAAUAGCUCUGAGCCUCUGGUCAUCACCACUAUAUUUACUGGACUAAAUAAAGAGCAGCGCAAUGAUUUUGAUUCGAAUCUUUCACGAGUCAUUGAGGCUGGACUUCAAAUGGAACAUAUUCAAGAUCAACCAUUUAAUGAGUCCACAACUCACAUUAUUACUAAUGCAGAUCAAGAUACUCUAAACCGGGACUCGACUCUUUUAUGCCCUAGGGUCCUAAAAUAUUUGCAUGGGAUGCUGUCAAGCCCAUGGAUUGUUGAUCACAAAUGGUUUUUGGACAGUAUUGAGGCUAAGGAGUGGCUACAAUUACCUAACUCCCGCUAUGUGAUACAAGGUGAUUUACAGUUCGGCCCUGCACCUGGAACACAAACUAGACGUGAGAUUCGUAAUCGAAUGUCGCUCAAGCUUUUUCAUUCUUGUCGGAUGUUCUUUUAUGGCUCUUUUGGGAGCUAUGGCCAAAAAGCAUUUACCAGGGAUGAAUUGCUGAAGCUCGUCCGAGAUGGAGGUGCCGAGACUUGGCUUAGAAGACCGGCUGCUGCGAAACCCUCUUCCACGCCGCCAAUGUUCUCGUCAAAGGGAGUGGUAGUAAGGAACUUCUUCUCGCGAGAUCGGCAGCUGUUGUAUGUUACAGAGGAUUUCAAGCCAUGGGAGAUUUCAAUCGAUCGAUCGUUACCAAUAAUUGUCUGUGAUCCAAAUAGUAUUCCUUCUGGAGGAAGGACACUCACUCAAGCAGAAGUAAAGAAACAUGGAUGGCUUCGCGAGCAUCAAGCAGUCUCACUUACCUGGAUUUUGAACUGUAUCUCAUGUAGUUUAAUGGGAGCUGAAGACAUUUGUCUUCUUUAUGGAACUGAUGUAGAAUCGGCGGGUGAAGAAGCCAUUCACAUGUUGUCUGAAGCAUGGACAACUUGGCGAAAAAGGAGGUGAAACUGCAAUGAGAUUUCCUUAGUUUUUUACUAGAGAGCCUCCAUGGCUGGCAGAUUUAUACUACAAC